AUGGUCGAGAUUGUCACACACAGUGCUCAUCAACCUGCCGCAACGAACGUUUCUGGUAACAUUACCACCGAACACUCCCUGUCAUCUUCCUUCUUCGAAGAUGGUCGAUUGCAAUCGGAAGAUGGCGAGGAUGCCACAUCUACGCAUAAAGCGCCGGAUCCAGUUGAUGUUCGGCGCUUGAGUUUCAUAUCGUUUGCGGACGUUGUCAAUGCUGAGCAUGCGGAAGCCAACGAGCUUGCUACCAGUCGCGAUUGUUUCCCAGUCGCUUCUUUCUCCUCCAACUCGGCUGUGCAAAACCGAUCGCCAUCGCCUUUGCGAUCACCAACAUCCUCCCAUGGAUUCGGGACGUCCCCUCCGACUAGUAUCGCCCCGUCUUUCAAGGGACUCGAUUUCUCUCCGACCCGGACUGGUUUCAUGCCUGGAAGCCCCCCUUUGACCUCUCAGAGGCCGGCGUCUCCUACUACAGGCAACGAACUGAACGUAGAGACCAUGCGACAGGCGCUGAGGAAAACAGGCAGUUCGGAUGUUAUCACUGGGAGAAGUCGACUUCCAAGUCCUGUGGCUAUCGAUUGUGAAUAUGUCUGCUACUGUACCUUCUGA